UUCUCCUUUUUUAUUUCCGUAUACGCAAAAGUCCAAAGGGCCGAAACUUCGACCUCGCCUUUCGCCUCCUCUUCCUCCUCCUCCUUGCAACAGUGGCUAACGGCGGUGCGUCUCGUGGUUGCGGCGGCGGCGGCGGAACAGGUGGAUGGCAAGAAGCAACAAAUACACCUCCAUCAAUCUCAACGAUGUCUUCGAGAAAAAGCUGAAUAACAAUUCCAACAAACAAUCCACCACCACCAACAAUUCCUCCGCCAAAUCGUUCCCCAAUCAGAGCAAGACCGUCCUCUCCAACUCCCGCAUCCAUGGCCACAUGCUUGUUUUGACCCGACCCACCCCCAAGCCCAUAUCCGUUCCCCAGAAGCCCCAAGACAAGAGCCCCUCCGUCGUUCCUGCUGCGUCGGCGCCGGAUCAAUCCAAAGGCGGCGUUCCCGAGCCGGUUUCGAUUUCUCUCCGUCCACAGGGACGAACCGGGUCUGGUCCAGCACUUGCUUCCUCUCCCUUGCCGUCUCCCGUAUCGCCUUUGCCUCCGCCGCCCGUGAAGUCCGAUCGCUUUGUUCCGCCGCAUCUGAGGCCAGGGUUUGUGGGGAAAGAGGAGAAGCCUGGAUCCGAUUUGGGGAAGGGUGGGGCAGGUAGUUUUAAGGGUAAGCCAGAGGUCAGGCCGCCGCAUCGUUCCGGUCCCCAUCACGGCUUGGAUCCGAUUGAGAGAAGGCCCAAGUCCGGCGGUGGGUAUGAGCACCUGACGGAUCUGAAUCGCCCUGGCUCGAGUGGAACCCGGCCCAGCUCUAGUGGAUGAUGCAUUCGACCAGUCUGACCUCCUUCAUUGACGAACACAGAAGCACUCUCUAACUCCAUCUGUCGGCCGGUGUUAUCAAUCUUCUGGUGAAGCUUGGUCCCUUGCUCUAAACUGCUGCGACAUUGAACCUCAAAUUAGUGUUGUUUUAGAACGCUGGAUUCCUAUCGACCAACAGGAAAUGGAUUGUUCUAAAAGCAGCGCAGCAUUAGUGGUUAUUCUCUAGGUUUUUGAGGCCUGAUGAGCCGCAGCUGAUAAACAUUACCUUGUUUUCUUGUUGUUUCAAAGCUUUAUUAAUAAAGGAGACGAUGAUGACUGGUGGCUGUAGGAUAUACUUGUCUGAUCUGUUGUCUUGUUGCUACUCUUGUAAAACUAUGUUGGGAAGAAGUGCUGUCGAAGAGUCUCGGCCCUCAGGAACCUUCUUGUAUUUGAUAUUUGGAUAUGAAUCUCUGUGUGCCUGUC